UUGUUAUUCUCUCCCUUUUCUGUCUCAGAGUGUAGCUGAGCAGUUUCCCCUUUUCUUGAAUCGGUUUUAUUUCUGGAAUUAUUUUUGCCCUAGCCAGACUAUAAAGGGAGGCUGCAGCCCGGACGCAUUUCCUCAGGGACAGGACGCAGGUGAGUUUUCCCAGACCAUCAUAAGGGACAAGAAGAAUCUUGACUGCAUAGGCCCAGUGCUCUGGGAGAAGUUCAGCUGGUUGGAGGGAAAGCAUCAAGCUUUGGUGACUCUUUUUUUGGUUUCUCAUAAUUUCACCCUGGUUCUCCUUCAUGUGUGUGUCAGUAGCGUUGGCAUUGGCCUCACAGCUGCUGCUGUCUCCAGCCUGGCACUGCACUGUUCCUGCAGGUACAGCUGCAGUAUUUCGUCCUGUUCUGAAAGUAAUUCACAAGUGCUGAGUUAAAGACUGCAUGAGAGAUGUGUUCCUGCAUGUAAAAGACACACUUCCAUUCCCAGUCAGUGAACGUGGUUUCCCCACCACCACCCACGCUUUUCCAGGAGGCUUAGAGUCUGCUUUUUUGUUUUCUGUUUGUAAGGAAGGGUAAGACAGCUCGCGAAUACUUCUCACUCGCCAUCAUGUUGGAAGAAGAUAACGAUGAGACAUGCUGGAAUAACCUGGAGAACUUCCGGGUGAAGCUGAUCUCUGUGAUAGAUCCUUCCCGUAUAACGCCCUACCUUCGCCAGUGCCAGGUGAUAAACCACGAUGAUGAAGAACAAGUUCUCAACGACCCCAGCCUGGUCAUGCGCAAGCGGAAAGCAGGUGGGUGAAGUGCAGCUUUUGGCUCUGAAGAUAAGCUCAUGCUCUCAUGCUCUGCAGACUGCAAUAGCGUGCUAUCCUUCCAGUACCUAACAGGUACAUUCCGUGUUUUUUUUUAAUUUACACUCCAUGUUUUCCAGGUUGGGAAACUGCAAACACAGACAAGAAGCACCCUGGGCUUGAUUUCAUGCAGUUAUUUCUAGGCAAAGUAGGCAACUGAGCUCAAAGUCUUAAGUCCAGGCUUACUUAGGCUUGUCUCUGCUACCUUUUACCUUUUUUCUUUUCCCUACAUUUGCCUCUGAUAUUUGGGAGUGGAGCCUCAAGCUGCAGAAACCAUCAUUGUGUGUCCUUUUAGCUUACCUCUUCUGUAGCUGUCAGCAGGAUAACAUCAAGUGCCCUUCUGAGAUUUGUGCACCUAGUGUAGUAGGAGCUAGAGAGAAGGGUUAAGUUUUAAUUCUUCCUCCACAGCAGUUGGCUUAAUAUUGGCCAGGAGAUUUGAUCCCAAGGACUUUAACCUGCACAGGGGGAAAUUGGAGCAAUUCUUUGUUCUAUUAGAAAUAAGAAAAGAGAAAAAUAGAUUAAUAGAACUAUUGCUGUUUUUUCAGGUGUUCUCCUGGACAUUCUUCAGCGAACGGGGCGCAAGGGCUUUGAGGCAUUUAUGGAAAGUCUUGAGCUCUACUAUCCACAGCUAUAUAAGAAGAUAACCGGCAAGGACCCAAGCAGGGUUUUCUCUAUGAUUCUAGGUAAAGUUUGAGUUCUGAGAAGCAGCUCUUCACUUAAUGUUGCUGUGUAACUUAAGGGGGAAUUCACCUCUGAUUUUGACUCUCCACAGCUGAGGUGAGCAGAGUCGGGAGUGUUCCCUGGCUUCCUGCCCGUGUGCUUUGCAAAGGGGUCUGGCAGGAACGGCCCUGCUGUCCCGCAUCGCUGGACCUGGGAGGGUGGAGGGGGAAGCAGGAGGAGUUGUUUCUGCCUGUUCUGUCAGUGACGCUGUGAUGGAGAGAGGGGAAGGGCAGCCGGGAAGCAACAUGUAUGGCUUGGUCACACGUGUCUCCAGGGUUUGAACGUGCCGAUAGGUGGGUGGGCUCAGUGCUGCGUGCGUGGCUGGAGAGCGGACAGGACAGCAGCGGCUGAUGCCUGCCCACCCAACAGACACGGCUGGAGAAUCCGGCCUGAGCCAGCUCCUGAUGAGUGAGAUCAUGAAGCUGCAGAGGACUGUGCAGGAGGAGCGGCAGAAGGCCCAGGAGCUCACCGUGUGGCUGCACACCAAAGAGAACACGAUCAGAGAGAUGUGGGUGAGGGACAGCCUGCUCCGCAAGCACCAAGAGCGGGCGCAGAAGAUGAAGGAGGAGCGGGACAGUCUGAGCAAGGAGCUGCGGAAGUGCAAGGACGAGAACUACAACCUGGCAAUGAGCUAUGCCAAGCAGAGCGAGGAGAAGAGCGCUGCCCUCAUGAAGAAUCGGGACCUGCUCCUAGAGAUUGAUCACUUGAAGCACAGCCUCAUGAAGGCUGAGGAUGACUGCAAGCUGGAGCGUAAGCACACGAUGAAAUUGAAGCAUGCCAUAGAGCAGCGUCCAAGCCAUGAGGUGAUGUGGGAGAUACAGCAGGAGAAGGAGUUGCUUUUGGCCAAGAAUCAGGAGCUGGAGAACACUCUCCAGCAGGUUGCCAGGGAACAAAAUUUGGAGAAGAGCCUCUCCAACGAAACUCUGGAGAAUGACUGCAGCCAGAUACUAGAACGCCGCAAGCUGAUGAACACUGUUUACAACCUUCGCAGGGAGCUGCGACGAGCUGAGGUGCUCCAAGACAAAUAUGCAGAAGAAAAGGAGAUGCUCGAACUACAGUGCACAUCUCUGCGGAAGGACACCCAGAUGUAUAAAAAACGGAUCGAAGCCGUCCUGCAGCAGCUGGAGGAAGUGGCUUCAGAAAGAGACCAGGCGCUGCUGACCAGAGAACAGUUCUACACACAGUACUCCAAGAACCUGGUCGAGAGGGACACCUACCGGAAACAGAUUCGGGAGCUGGGGGAGCGAUGUGACGAAAUGCAGCUGCAGCUCUUCCAAAAGGAGAGUCAGUUACUGGCUACUGAAGCCAAGCUGAAAAGGUUGCAGCUGGAGCUACCUGCACUGACUUCUGACCUGGAUGACACCUCGUCCAGAGAUUCCCAGGAACUUACUCUUCAUGGUCAUCUAGAUGAAGAUGCACAGCUGACUAAAAAAGACUGCCCUGAAGGACAAACCCAGCAAUUUAGCACCCGAGAGAGCAAUCUGCCUCUAGAGUCACCCACUUUCAAGGAGUGUGGCUUGGCCAAUGAGGAACUGGCAGAAAAGGAGCGGAGGAGGAUGAAGGACUGCUUUGAGCGUUACCGAAGAAAAAGGGCAAUGCGAAGAGUACCAAAGGGCCAACACCACGAAGCAGACUGGGAAAACACCACUGGCAGCGACAACACUGACACCGAAGGCUCUUAAGAGCAGGAGCCGACCUGCAAGGCAAACAGCAGAGAGGCUGCAGUGCGAUCUGUAUUUGUCUCUUCAAAUAGACUACAUGGAUUUAAAAACCAUCUAAACCAACAUGUAUGAGAAGUUAGUUUGUAACUGGACUAUAACCAACACUAUGAGAAGUUAAAGUUUGUAACUGGACUGUGUGUUUAGCAUUCUGCCUGUCCUCGUCCAUCUCUGUCAUUGAGAACUUUCUCGUUUAGAUCCGCAGUAAUGUGAGAGGUGUGCGGUGCAUCAAUAAACAGGGUUGAGGCUUGGA